AUGGCUACUUCGGACUCGGCAGCAGCGCUGGCGGACAGAGCGCUGGCGGACCUCUGUGAGGAGGAGCAACCGCCAGCGCCCGCCGACGACCAAUCUGGCAAGCCGCUAGGCGACCGCCUAGUGGCGACGGCGCCCGCGGUCCGCAAGGCCGCGUACCUGGAGCUGGCGGCGAUUCUCGGCGGGGAGAGCGGGCCGCCGGACGCGGAGGCGGCGGCGGAGCACGCCGACCACAUCCCGCGCCUGCUGGCGGACAGGGCGCCGAUCUGCCACGAGGGGGCGCUCGAUGCGACGAUCGCAUGGCUCGAGUAUGUCUCGCCCGAGGCGGUGGUAGGGGUGGCGGGCGCGGUGGCCAAGGCGCUGAUGGAGAAGCACGCGCCGGGCAAGUACCAGCCCAAGGCAAUCGCCGCCCUCCUCUCCCUCCUCCGGCGCGGAGGCGCGGAGCCAGUGCAGUCGGCGCUCGAGGCGGGCGUCAGGAGCAAGGCGCCAAAGACGUGUGCGGCGGCGCUCAAGGCGUCGGCGGAGGCGCUGCUAGAGUGCGGCGCGGCCGCCUUCGACGCCGGCCCGGUGGUCAAGCAGCUGCCAACGCUGCUGCAGCACCGCGACAAGAGUGUGCGUGACGCGGCGGCGGCGCUAGUCGGCGCGGUAAGGCACUGGCUCGGCGACGGCGCGCUACCACCUUUCGUUCCCCUUGCCGUCGCCCUUGCGCGCAUCUUCAGCCAGCUCAAGGGCGUGCCCGAGGAUCGACUCACCGCGUUGCGCGAGGCGCCGCUCCCGCCUACCAAGAAGCACCUCCUCCAGCGCCAGGGGUCGUCCGCUGCGGUGGUUGCUCCGCCGCCCAUGGCGAUGCCCCCCCUCGACCUGCUGGCCAAGCUGCCGAGGUCGAAGGGGAGCAAGGAGCCUGCCGACGCGUGGGAGACGCAGACCCUCUCCGACAAGUGGUCCGAGCGCAAGGCGCCGCGGCCAAACUCGCACCAGUGCAGACCACGUCCGACCACGCCCUCUGACCACACGCCCUCUGAAGCUCGCACCCGCUCCGCCCUACCGGGGCAGAGCUCGCUCAAGCCGGCCGGCCACGCCGACCACGCGCUGGUGCUGCGGCCGCUCAAGCGGCUCUACCAGGACGCCAACGUCAACGCCGCCCCGGCGCUCCUCAAGAGGGGCGCCGACAAGAAGGCGGUCGUGGCCGAGGCGGUGCGGGGCUGCCUCGCCGCACUCUCGACCGCCUCGUGCCUCACGCUGGCCGAGGCGGCCGAGCUCGCCCUCGCCGCCAUGAGCAGGAGCACAAACACGCAGCUCCGCUCGACCGCCGCGCGGUGGCUCGCGGCCGCCGUCUCCGCCGCCGAUGCCGAGGGCGUGGGGCGCGCCCUCGACGCCUUCGACGCGCCGCUGCAGCUGCUGGAAGAGGACGCGACGGCCGAG